UUUGUGAUUUGGGCGAAGACUGAAAUCAUGGCUGGUGCAGAAAGUGAUAGCCAGUUCCAGUUCACUGGUAUUAAAAAGUAUUUCAACUCUUACACUCGCACAGGUAGAGUGAAUUGUGUCCUGGCCACACAUGGAAGCACUGCUUUGUUGGUCUUAUACUUCAAGUUAAGGUCUAAGAAAACUCCUGCUGUGAAAGCAACAUAAAUG